UCUGAACAGAUGGAGGCCAUGAGGAGUGCCAGGAAAAACGACUCGGGUGAAGCAGGCAGGGACUUAUCAGAGCAGAUUAAAGCAGCCACUCAGGACAACCACGUCAGAGCGGAAAACACACAGCUGAUGCUGAGUUACCAGAAGGGUCAGAUCACCCUGCCUCAGUACAAGGUUCUGCUGUGCUCCCUGUACGAGAUCUACAAGGCUUUAGAAGAAGAGCUGGACAGGAACGCUUCCCAUCCAGCUGUGGCCCCCAUAUACUUCCCUCAGGAACUGGCUCGCCUGGAAUCCCUGGAAGCAGAUCUGGAGCAUUUCUUCGGCUCGGACUGGCAGAAGAAAGUGAUCGUCCCUGCAGCCACACAAAGAUAUGAACAGAGGCUGCGAAAGAUUGGCAGAGAGAACCCAGAGCUGCUCGUGGCCCAUGCCUACACCCGCUACCUCGGCGACCUGUCAGGUGGACAGGUGCUGGGGAAAAUUACCCAGAAGUCUCUGGGGCUGAGCAGCAAGGAGGGGCUGUCGUUCUUCUCGUUCCCUGGCGUGAGCAGCCCCAACCGCUUCAAGCAGCUGUACAGGAGCCGGAUGAACAGCAUCGAGCUUACAGAGGCAAAGAAGAAGGCCAUGCUGGAGGAGGCGGUGGGAGCGUUCGAGUUAAACAUCCAGGUUUUUGAUGACUUGCAGAAAAUGCUGAGCAUCACGACAGACACAACGGACCAAUCAAAACACAGCCUCCAAAUCUCCUGGAUGYCAGCUCCUUCCUUCACACAGCUCACCGUGGGACUGUGCCUCACACUGGCCACUAUCGGAGCAGGAAUGUAUGCCUUGUAGAAAUUUGCCAAAUAUAUGAUAAAGCACUUUAAUAAAAUCAAGACUAAUAUUUGUAUUUCUUCUAAAAAGGCUUGUAAGCAAAAACUUUAAGCUUAACUGUGUAAUAAAACACUUUACUGUCUUUUGUAUGAAAUAAAUCAUUCAGGAUCAGAACUGGAGUCUUCUUGGUUUAUUUUUAUUUAUUUUAUGCUUACAGACUGAACRCAUGUAGGCUGACAUCACCACCUGAA